AUGGCGACAAACGCGCAGUCUUCGGACUACGUUACCGUUGCAACUUUCGUCGUAAAAGAUGAAGGAUUGGAGUCAUUGCCAGAGGGAAGAGAAUCAUCGGAGAGCAUUGAAAAUGUUGUUACUAAUGACCAUGACCCAGGCACUGUUCAGGUCAGCUAUUUUGAUGCAGAAGAAGCUGCGGAGGUUAUUACAUCAGGGGACUAUGAUGAAGCCAAUCACGAGGCUGAAAUGCAAGAAGAGGAUGGCUCACAGAAGCCUUGGAGAAAAGGUGGAAGCACAACACUGUGGAGUUUGCCUGCAGUCAGGGCCCUGCUUGAUAUCUAUGAGGAACACGAGCAAGAGUAUGUGAACAAGACAGUCCGUCGGAGAGUCUUUUGGGAAAUUGUUGCGGAAAAGAUGAAAGAGCGAGGUUUUGACUAUGACUGGUGCAGCUGCAGAGUUCGGUUUAAAGGAAUGUGCAGAAAAGUGUUGUCUUUGGCCAUGCAUGGAAGGUCCAAGCUGACACGGAGACUGUGGUGGGAGGAACGGGUGGAAAGAAUAAUGGAAACCCUAGACCAAGAGUUUGUCAGGAUGAGGCAGGCCCGCAGAAGAACAAUCAGUGAUACAUCAGCUGCCAGCACUAGUUUUGGGGGCGGAAUGGCGUUUCAGAUCCCUACCCAAGUCAGUCAAGUGAAUGUAAGUGAAGCAGCUGUUGGCGGUGACCGUGAUGCCUUUCAGCUUGAUUCAGGAAUGCAGAGUUCAACAGGAGAGCAUCAGAACAAAAAGCGUCGCCUGCUCCUAAAGUCCCAGGCCCCAAAGGAAGACUGUGCCCCAGCCUGGUUCCAUGAGUAUGUGAACCGCAGAGAACGUCAGUGGGAGAGACGGCUUGCUCUAGAGGAGCAGAGGCAUAAUCAGAUUGUGCAGCUGCUCACCCAGAAGAAUGAACUCCUGGGAAAACUGACAGGGAUCUUGGAGAAAAUGGGUUCGCAGACCAAUUUUGUGAAGAUUGCCCCCAAGCCACCUGCCGUCAUUGCAAAUCCUAUCCGAGCCAGGCGCAUUGUGUCUAGCAAUGGCACCACAAUGUUUGUGCCCAUCGCCCCUUCUGCCUCCAAUAAGGAUUCCACACCCCAGGAAGAGUCGCAGAAGGGGAGCACCUGAUUGAUUUUUAUUUUAGUUUUCUUUAUUUUGAUGUUUGAAUAUUUAAUGAAAAGAGGAGGAUGAAGUAAUCACUGAUAGGAAAUACACAGAGUUGUCAUGUGUAUUCACUAAUUAAUAGUAUAGCAGAGAAGAUUUGGUAAGGCUUGAUGAUUUUGUUAUAAUAAUUAUGAUAAUAGAAAAGAUCAUAAAAGUAGCAAAAAGAUGAUAAUGAUAAAAUGAUAUGUAUGAUGAAAGGUAGGUCACUAAUUUGAAAGAAAAUAUUAAAGUGUGGCAUAUGGCAAAUGUACGUGCUUCUUUGCCCUU